GGAGUGAGUAAGAUAAAAUGAAUAUUUGUACUUUUGUGACCCCUUCGUCACACCUUCCACUCUUUUUCCUUUCCCCAUUCAAAAUCAACAUCCACGAUUACGAAAUUUCAAAAAACCAAACUAAUUGUUUUCUUUUAUCUUUUUUACUUAAUUAAAAAAGUGAUUAUAAAAAAAGCAAGUUGGUAUAUAUAUAGUGUUUAUUCUCCUCCUCUUCUCAACUGUCUCCUCCGUGUUCAACUCGCGUGCAUUGCAGUCAGACAGAAACCAAAGAGAAAUUCAAUUCAGAGAGAGAGAGAGAGAGAGAGAGAGCGAAACCAACCCAGAAGAGAUUAAAACAUUCAUUCAUUCAUUCAAAGCCCUUUUUCAUCAUUCACCUUUUAAUUAUUCUUUUAAUUUUUCUGAAAACCGGGCAUUUUCUCGAUCUUAAUCUUUCUGGGUUUCACUUUUUCUCCUCAGAUCCUCUUUCUGUUCUUCACAAUUUUAUUUUUUUUAAUUUUAAAAUUUUUUGAAACUCGAUUCUGCUUUUGUGGGUGUGUGUUUUUCUGUGAAAAGAUUCAGUUUUUCGUAGUUGGAAAGUGAAAAAAGAAUUGAUUCUUAUCUGGGUUGGUUUUGAUGCGAUUGUUGGGUUUAUUUAUAAACGCAAUGAUGUUGACAUCAUCUGUGUUUUUUUGAAGUAUUAUGGAAGGUGGUCGUUACUCGGUUACAACAUCAUCAAUAACAGCAACAACAACAACAACAACAACAUCUUCUUCAUCUUCAUCAUCAUCAUCAUCAACAAUCUUCAACAAUAACAAGAAAAACAUGUCACUUUACAUUGGUCGUGAGGCUUCCAAGCUAUGGAAGAGAGUUUGUGCAGAGACAACAACAGAAAUCAAUCUUCUUGUGGAGAAUUGGAAGUACCUUCUCGCUGGUUUAGUUUUUCAGUAUAUUCAUGGUUUGGCUGCACGAGGAGUUCAUUAUUUACAUCGGCCCGGCCCUACAUUACAGGAUCUUGGUUUCUUCCUUCUUCCGGAGCUUGGUCAAGAAAGAGCUUACAUUAGUGAAUCUUUGUUUACAGUUAUCUUUUUAUCCUUUUUCCUUUGGACUUUUCAUCCUUUCAUAUUCAAGACCAAAAAGAUCUACACAGUUCUAAUUUGGUGCAGGGUUCUAUCUUUCUUAGUUGCCUCUCAAGCUCUUCGCAUAGCGACAUUUUAUUCCACGCAGCUUCCUGGUCCAAAUUACCAUUGCCGUGAGGGAUCACCACUUGCAACACUGCCUCGUCCGAAAAGUGUCUCUGAAGUCCUCUUGAUUAAUUUUCCUCACGGCGUGAUAUAUGGAUGUGGUGAUUUAAUAUUUUCAUCGCACAUGAUCUUCACUCUAGUCUUUGUUAACACGUACCAGAGAUAUGGCACACGAAGGUGCAUAAAGCAACUUGGAUGGGCUCUUACUGUCAUUCAGAGUUUUUUGAUAGUAGCAUCUCGCAAACAUUAUACAGUCGAUGUAGUUGUUGCCUGGUAUACUGUUAAUUUGGUGGUAUUUUUUGUUGAGAAAAAAUUACCAGAAAUGCCAGACAGGACAGCUGCAACACUGUUGCUACCAUUAAGCACCAAAGACAACAAAGAUGGCAGAAACAAAGAAGAGAACCACAAGCUGUUAAAUGGCAAUUCUGUUGAUCCUUCAGAUUGGAGACAGAGAACUCAAGCAAAUGGCAAGAUUCUGGAAGAUGGUCAUGCACACCAUGCUGACUCUACAAAGAAUGGUGCAUAGAUGUAUGAGCUUUUUUCUUUUUGCAACUGCACAAAUUUGGAUUGGAUCUUCUGCUGCAACAUUGUGUGUCAUUGGGAAGCUGCAACCUUUCAAUUAGUUGAAUUUUUUUAACUUGGAAAUAUUAGUAGUCUCUGAUUGAUUUUUGUAGUAUUUGAGCUUAUUGCAAUUAGGUUGUGCUUUUUAACAAUAUUGCAGCUUUGGUCCAUUGUCAUUGUUUCAUUGUUUAGCUUUAGCAGCAGCAUGUGCUGUAGAAAAUUUUCCAAUUCAUAUUGCUUCACAA